ACAUAGUUUCUCAUUUCAUCUGCUUAUAGAUUUUCAAUCCAAAAAUCAUCAAUCACAAAGUUUCAGCAUACAAACAAGAAGGAACAAACUCCAGAUAUAUCACAAAGAUUAUGUGAGCGAAUUCCAAAAAAUGCAAGAGAAGUUGAAGAACCGACAUGAUGUCGUUGACGCAAACUUGAGGACACAGCUUAAGGCCGGAAAGAUUAAGAAUAAAGAGGUUGAAGCUUGGCUGGAGGAAGCGCACCAAGAAACUGCCGAAAAGCUUAAGCAAUCAAUAAAGAUUGCAAGGAAGGAAGUUGAAGACUGGCAGGAAAAAGCAGGCCAACAAAUUGCCAUGAAGGUUGAAGAUUUGAUCAACCGAGGGGCAUGUUCCUCAUCAACCAAACUCGAGGAGAAGAUUGAAGAAUUGAAGCAAACAAUCAAGGAAGGAAAAGAAUUCACUAAUCUUGGUGUGAGUUUGGUCGUCGAUGAUCACUCAAAAAAAGGAGUCACACUGCCUGCUGAAAAAUGCAUUGCAUGGGAUGACAUACAAGAAGAAAUUCUGCAAUUGUUGAGGGAAGACGAGGUUACAAGAAUUGCAGUUUGUGGAAUGGGUGGCCAAAAAAAACAGUUUGAUAUUCUCAAGUUUCAGAAGAGCAUUGCAAGAAAAUUGGCAUUGGAUUUGAAGAAUGAGGAUCAAGAUGCAAAAGAGCUUGCAGGAUUGAUAUCACAAAAAUUGCAACAGGGUAGUUGUGUCUUAAUUCUGGAUGAUGUGUGGGAGCCUUUUUCUUUAGAAGAUGUUGGAAUCCCUAAUCUAGUGGGAAAUAAUGGUUGCAAGUUAGUGCUCAUGACACGGUUACAACAAAAGGUUGGUCGUGCAAUGGAGUGUGAGGUGAUCUAUGUGAAGCCUCUUCCAGAUGAUGAAGCAUUAGCAUUAUUCUUGGAUAAAGUUGGAAGUGAGGUGGUGUUCUAUCCCAGAUACAAAAGUGAUAUAGAACCUUUUUUGAAUCAAAUGUUGAAGAAAUGUAAUGGUCUACCCCUUGCUAUUGGGGUGGUAGCAAAGACUAUGAGAGGAAAGUUUGAUCGUUACUCCUGGGAGAUGGCAAAUAAAGAAUUAAGUAAAUCUAAAGAAAUUGUUGAUAGUUUGAAAUUUAGUUAUGAUCACUUGGAAGAACAAUACAAGAAGUGUUUUUUAUAUUGUGCAUUGUAUCUUGAGGAUUAUGAAAUCCCAAAAGAGGAAUUGAUUGAGUUUUGGAUUGAGGAGGGAUUUAUACUAGAUGCAAGGGGAUCUUGUUACUCAAUGAUUUGUGAGGGCCAUGUUAUUUUUGAGAAGUUGAUAGACAAUUGCAUGUUGGAAUUGGUUAAAAAUAAAUACAAAGGAGUUUGGGUGGCUGUGCGUGGAUUGGCUAAAAUAAUAUACAUAGAAGACUGUGUGAGUAUGCAUGAUCUUUUUCGAGAAAUGGUGUUGAAUAUCAAUCCUCAAUUCAUGGUGAAAGCUGGCAUGGCCUUGGAAGAGCUACCAGAGGAGCAUGAAUGGAGAGAAGAUAUUUUGAAGGAGCCUAAUUGGUUACCAUCUGAUGUACAAGGCUUCUACAUCUUGGACUGCAAGGAUGGGAGAAGCUUGAACGACAUUUCUGGCUUUCAAGAUGCAACCGACUUGCAGCACUGCACUGAUGAUCGAUUGGGAGUAGUUGCCAAGUUAGCACCGCAGCCAGUUGGCACUUUUUCUUCCCUUCAAAAAAUUAAAGUUUUGAGAUGUGGGAAAAUAAAGAAGUUAUUGCCGCUUAGGUUGUUACAGUAUCUCCAGAAUCUACAAACUGUUAAGGUUAUGGGUUGUGAUCAAAUGGAGGAGAUAAUAUCGUCUGAAUAUGAAGGAGGAGAAAAAGCUCCAGAAAAAUUCACUCUAUCCAAUUUAGAAAGGUUGCUUGGCUACUUCCAAUCUCUAGCGACUAUUGAAGUUUUUUACUGUUACCAAAUGGAGGAGCUGAUAUCAUCAUCGACCUAUGAAGAAAAAGAAGCCCUAGAAAAAAUCACUCUACCCAAUUUACAAUGGUUGAAAUUGAGGAAGUUGCCCGAAUUGAAAAGAUCUGUAGCAGUUCCAGUGUCUUGAUUUGUGUUGGGAAUUUCAAGCACCACAAUCCCACACAAACAGAAGCAAUAAAGAAAUUGAGACAAC